CACUGUUGGCUCCCACAGCUCACACACACACCACCACCGCAGCCUCAACCAGGAUGGUACCAGUCCACAAAAGAUGUGCCCCAGCCAAGGCCUCACAGCCUGCCUCCUGGAUGACUACCUGGUGGCUACUGAUUCUGCUCUGGCCUGCGACCACAGAUACUCAGGCUUGCCCCAGGCCUUGUACCUGCCAGUCCUUGGAAACCAUGGGGUUAAAGGUGAACUGUGAGGGGCAAGGCCUCACAACCCUGCCUGUGCUCCCAGCACACACUCGCCAGCUCCUGCUAGCCAACAAUAGCCUGCGUUCAGUGCCACCAGGUGCCUUCGACCACUUGCCUCAGCUGCGGGACCUGGAUGUGACACACAACCCCUGGCACUGCGACUGCAGCCUCACCUACCUACGCCUCUGGCUGGAGGAUCGCAUGCCCGAGGCCCUGCUGCAUGUGUACUGUGCCAGCCCUGACUUGGCCACCAAACACCCGCUGGGCAAGCUGACAGGGUAUGAGCUGGGCAACUGUGGCUGGAAGCUGCCACCAUCCUGGGCCUAUCCAGGGGUGUGGUGGGAUGUGUCACUAGUGGCCGUGGCUGUGCUGGGCCUGAUUCUGCUGGCAGGUCUACUGAACACAUUUACAGAGUCCCAGAACUGAGCCUCGCCCAUAAAACCAGGGAGAGUCCAGACCUGAGCCAGGUCCCCAGAAGCAUUGGCCCCAGUCAGCCCAUGCCAUCAAAAGCCUACAGGGGGCAGGCUGAGGUCACCUCAUGAGCAAAGACACUUGCUUUCCAGUCUAAAGACCUGGGUUUGAUCCCCAGGGGAGAACUAAAUCUCACCUCCACAGCCUUGCUGUGCACACACACAAAUAAAUACAUAAAUGUAACUUUAAAA